CUUUUUUGUCAUCAUCAUCUCUGCCAUGGACAACCCCAUCCUUUCUUCUAUCAACCAGACUUUAUUCACUGUUUCGCGUGCCAUAGAGGCUGUCCCUGGGUCUGCCAUCGCCAUCAAUUACAUUAAAAACUCCUAUCAAAAUGACCCAUUUCGAGUGGUUCUAGAGAUUGGCCUGGCCAUUUUUGCAGUCAAAUAUAUGCUUUCCAAAAAAUACCGCAUUGACCAGACUCAAAUACCUCUAACAGAGAAAGAAAUUGAUGAGCUAGUUGCAGAGUGGCAACCUGAACCACUGACUAAACCUCUCAACGAUUUCCAGCGCAUGGAACUGGAUUCGGCUCAAGUUAUCACGAGUGCACAGGGACCUAGACCCGUAGUUCAAUCUACUGGCUCGCACUUAUUAAACUUUGCAAGUGCUAAUUAUCUUGACUUCAUUUCAAAUAAAGAUAUCAAGGACAAAGCAAUCAAGACACUUCAUAACUAUGGUGUCGGUUCAUGCGGCCCUCCUGGCUUCUAUGGCACUCUUGAUGUCCACAUCAACUUAGAAAAGGAUAUUGCACGGUUCUUGGGCACAGAAUCUGCAAUCAUUUAUGCACAAGGUUUCUCGACUAUUUCUUCCGUCAUGGCUGCUUUUUCGAAACGCGGAGAUAUCAUUGUCGUUGACGACGGAUGUAAUUUUGCUAUUCAAAAAGGCACGCAAAUUUCUCGAUCUAACAUCAAGUGGUUUAAGCAUAACGAUAUGAAAGACUUGGAGCGUGUACUGCAGACGAUCCAAAAAGAGUCACCCCCUACCAAAAAGAGACCUUUGACUCGUCGGUUUAUCGUGACAGAGGGUCUUUUCCAAAAUUAUGGCGACAUUGCACCACUUGAUAAAAUCAUGGAGCUCAAGCACAAAUACAAAUACCGCGUGAUUUUGGAUGAGUCCAACUCUUUUGGCUUGUUGGGCAAGACAGGACGUGGUCUGACUGAAGUUUUCAACGUUUCACCAAAGGAUGUGGAUAUGAUUGUUGGCUCAAUGGCUAACACGCUUGCGUCCGCAGGCGGCUUCUGUGCAGGACCUAAAGAAGUAGUAGAUCACCAACGUCUUUCAGGCCAAGCCUUUGUCUUCUCAGCCUCCAUUCCUGCAAUGCUCACUGUUUGUGCUUCUGAGGCAAUUAGGCUUUUGGAGGCAGGACAGUGCGAGGAGCUGCUGAAGUCCUUGCGCGAGAAUACUGCAGCAUUUUUGAAGGUUAUUUUAACAGCCUCUCAGUUUAUUGAAGUCAGCUCUAGUCCUGAAUCACCGAUCAUCCACCUGAGAUUUCUUCAAUCAAGGUUGGCGCCCCUGGGUGUGACUACGAGGGAUUCGGAGACAUGUUUGCUACAGACAGUUGUGGAUAAGGUUGCUAUCGAUGGUGUGUUGAUCAGCAGAGCCAAGUAUGUUGAGAGCCAGGAAAUGCACUUACCUCGACCAUCAAUUCGCGUGUCAAUGUGUGCAAGUCAUACACCCACAGAAGUUGAGGCUGCUGCGCAGGCCAUCAAGACAGCCUUUAUCCAAGCCUUGUCAUAACGACACUAGUUAAACCGACACAGUAUUUACAUUACCAUAAUAAACGAUUAUAGACAGUAU